GCCAAUCGAGCAUAUUGUCACAUUACAUCAAAAUACGUCUGUGCGCAGUAAAUCUAUGCGUGUGCGCAGCCUCUGAAAGCUGUGUGCGCGCGCACACCUUAGCUUAGAGGGAACACUGGACGCAAUGUUCCAUAUGCGUAUAAUUCGUUGGUCGGCCAUGCAUACUUCUUACGCAUGGUUAGUCUUCAUUUGAAUGGAAAGAAUCAAGGAUUACUUAUUAAAUGUUAUUUCCUUUUUUAACCAAUUAAAUAUGGCGUGAGGUGCUUAUAUCAUGUUUCUUGACACGAACACAAAUUCAAUUUUUUAGCCCAAAUUACCUUUUUGAGUAUAUAAAAUCAAGUAAAUGCGUUUAUAAUAAAUCACUAAUGAGAUUAGAAUAACUUUAAGUGCUGUACAAAUGGUAUAAAAAGCAAAAAUCGGGACCUUGUCAAAUUCAGAAAAACUAUCUAUGCAUUGCGCUAAGCUCAUAAAUUGGUCCUAGGAGAUAUUUUCCGAAUUAGGUUCUUAUAUUUGCAAAGGGCGACCGAUAGACUCGACUUAACUUGUGUGUUGGCAGCGGAACAUUAUAGUAGACUUCAGAUUUUCCUAUUUAUUAUAAAAAUGAAACUCAUAUCAGUGAUUUUUUAUAUUGCAAUGUUGGAAGUUACGAUUCUCGCUAAUAAAAGCGUAACAGGUAUGCCGCGUUUUCCUGUCCGUCUCAUAUCCAAUUAUUUACUGAUUUUAAGUUAGUUCAAUUUUGAUACGCUGGUCUCUCUCAUACAGAAAAGAUUACACACUCCACCAAAAAUAAUGGUCAUUUUUUUUGCCAACUGCAGUCCUCAUUUAAAAAAAUUAGUUUGAACUUAAAACAAGUGUGCAUCUUCUUUUUCGAGUUUAGCAUGAGUUCGCGAUUCAAUUUUGGAGUGGUGAAGAGACAAGCCUACUACAGUUUGUUUUUACUAGCUUCCGUUCUCACCCUUUUUAUUUAUACAGAAGUGGAAACAUCAAGCGGAAAUGAAAUUUCUCUAUGUUCAGAAAAUAGAACAGAACUUCAUAAAGUAUUCUGCGGUGAUAGACUAAAAUGUAAAAAUGGCACACCAAUUGACGAUGUUUUUUCCGAGUGGCUUUUGUGCGAGAUAUCAAAAUACAAUAAACCGAAAUAUUGUGUGGUGAAAAAGGAAUCAAUAUGCAAGGAGGAAAGCAUAUGUUCGAACAUGAAUCCAUGCGGUGCAAAAUGUGAUUCUCAUUAUAGUUGCAAGAAUUCACAGUGUGUCUCUCGGAGUACAGUAUGUAAUGCAAAUCCUUGUGAUGGUUGCACAGAAGAAGAUCAUGAAUGGAAUAACGGAGUCGGAUUCAAAUGCCGAAGAAAUGGUAAAGAUUGUGUCCUGCCUCAACAAUUAGUUCAUGAUGACAUAGCAGACUGUGAUGGAGGCACAGACCUAUGUUUUGAAGCUCAACUCAUUCUGAAUCUACGUUCAAGGACAGAUGUUCAGAUCCGAGAAAACCUUAUUCGUUCAAAGUGUUUUCUGUGUUUGAAUGACGUCACUGUAAUUGCUGUGACAAGUGUUUGUGACGGAAUAAUAGAUUGUCCUGAUCUAUCUGACGAAUGUCUUUGUGAUAAAGAUCGACCUAGCAUUUGCGAACAAGUGAUUUCAUAUGAUGAAAAUGGAUUCAUGUUCUUAACACUCACUGCGCCCGAAUCGGCGUACGGAGGACCAUUUAUUACAAGAUUUCCCGGUGGUGCAUCUACGUUAUGUACAGUUGGUAACGUGAUGUGUUCUGGGGCAUAUUGUAUCAGUCGAGAGUCUGUUUGUGAUGGAAAAAUGGACUGCCGAGAAGAUGAAGGGUAUCACAUUUCUUUUUUUACUCAUCUCCACGUCCAUUAUAAAUUCCUUUUGUUGUUUCUGUAUUCAACAUUCCGAAUUUUCAUCUAUAGAUACAGUUAUUGUCGGGGAACUGCUCCAUGUUCCAGAUCUAUAAAAUACGAGGAGAAAUGCAGGUGCCCCCGUCGUGGCUCUUGUGUGAGUUUUUAUGGAACAGCUUGUGACGGUGUAGCAGAUUGCCCUAUGUUACCGGGUUCAUGGGGAUAUAUAGCUAUCAAUCAAGACCAUACAUUUCCCGUUGACGAAUGUGAAGCUAGUUGCGUUGAAAAUCCUACUAUAUUCCAAUGUAUUGAUACUGAUAUAUUAAUAUUGGGAGUACCAACUUAUUAUGUACCGUGUGAUCGAGUCUCUGCUGGAAAUGAAACAGUACAUCUAAAGGCGGUAGAUGAAGAGAUUUGUGAUGGUAGAAAACAUUGUCUUCACGGAGAAGACGAGGUGAAUUGCAAAAGAUUCAUGUGUGACGGAAUAGAGGAAGGAAUAUUAAGUAUAGAAUUAGACAAGGUUUGUGAUGGUAUUGUUGACUGUCGUAACAGCUCGGAUGAAACGAAAGAACUUUGCGGCAGUAAAAGAUUUUUCUGUCCAGCUCUUGGAGGGAAAAAGGUUAGCAUCGAUAUGGGACUCAAAUGCGAUUUCUGGAUAGCUUGCGAUGAUGAAACAGAUGAAAUGAACUGCACUGAUGACAGAUUCUACUGCGAAAACAAAAAGCCAUUAUUUGUUCUGGCAAAGCAGACAUUUGAUGGACGUGGUGACUGUACCGAUUGGAGUGAUGAAUGUCCGACAAUUAACCAAUCAACUGCAACCGACGGAUUCUCUUCAAGAUAUGACCUUGUUGCGAAUCCUAUAUUGAGAGCGAUUGUUUGGAUCAUGGGAUUGCUAUCUAUUGGUGGAAACGGGCUUGUUAUUAUUCGUGAAACAAAAAGACUGAGGAAUAACAAAAGAAAAAUGUCGGCAAUGAUAGUAGCAAACAAAUUGUUGAUUUUGAACUUGGCUUGUUCUGACGUGAUCAUGGGAAUAUAUCUCUUUUCAAUUGGAAUUGCUGGACUAGCAAUGCAGGGAGUUUAUUGCUCAAAGGAUUUAAUUUGGAGAUCCAGUACUACAUGCACCAUACUGGGAGUAUUGUCUGUUCUUUCAGGCGAAACUUCAGUUAUUACAAUGUUGUUGCUGACAAGUUGCCGAAUAUAUUCAAUUUAUAGACCUUUCAAAUCAUCUCGUCAUCCACAAAAGAAAACUGUAUUUUUGAUGAUAUUGCUUGCCUGGGGAAUAUCCUUAUUAAUUGCUACACUCCCGCUGUCACCAAGUUUAUCUGGAAUGUUCGUCAGCCAUGCAGAAUUUGAGUAUUCUCCAUAUUCUUCAAACGCAACUGUUACACAAGACAACACUAAAACACUUUUUAAGAGACUUCUUACAUAUGAUCUGAAACCGAAUACGACAUUUCCAGACAAGUUUUCAGUCACCAACUUUCAGUCAUGGAAAGAUAUUGAAUCCGAAUCAAAAAAGUAUUUUAACCAUGAACAUUUCAAGAUUAAGAGAACAUUUGGGUAUUAUAGUGUCGACAGCGUUUGCAUCCCCAAAUUUUUUGUGUCUCAAGAAGAUCGUGCUUGGCCUUUCUCUUUCGCUGUUAACGUUUUCAACUUUUUUGCUUUCGUGUUUGUUGCAUUCUCCUACGUCGCAAUUUAUAUCAAAUCAAGCGAAAAAACAAGUCUACGAAAAUCUUCAAUGUCUAAUGAUAGAGACGAUGAAAAUAGAACAAUGCAGCUGAAGAUUCUCCGACUCAUCAUAACUGACUUCUGUUGUUGGAUACCGAUCUGUAUCAUGGCCUUCUGUAAACUAGGAGGAGCAAAUGUUUCAAAUACUGCAUAUGUCGUCGCAGCAAUCGUGCUUCUACCGAUCAACAGUGCAUUAAAUCCAGUUCUGUAUUCAGACCUGCCAGAUGCUUUAUAUAAGAAAGUGACCACUGGAUUUAAUGAAAUCACAAGCUUGACAAGUUCUGUUUUCACCGCGUCGACCAGUAUAAACGUGAGAACAAAUGAUGAAGAAAGUACGUUGUAAGGACGGAUUGGUGACAAGGAACAAUCUAGAAAAAAAAAAAAAUUAAGAAUUUUUUUUUAUCUCAUGACGAGAUGGCGGAGACUACUAUUUGUUCUAUAUGUAGUGUUAUAUAAAAUAUUAUCGUUCAAAUUUAUUUGUACAAAAUUCAUAAAUGUAAAUUAUAUAAUUUUUUUUGUAUGUAUCAAGAAAAUCUAGCUCCCAGACUGCAUCUGUGUUGAUGAUCUGGUAUUUCACUCAGGAGUCUGUAGUUCGUAAUUUAGGAACGUAUACGUACGAAACGUAUACAGACUCUAUAUAUUACCUGCAUGAAGAACAUUGAAAUCAAACUAGCAGGCGCCAUGCGGCCGAUGCAGUCAAACAUCGCAAGAUUCAAAAUUGUCAGAUAUUUUAAAUUUGAUUAAAAAGAAGAUGAUGAUAUGUUUGUUUACAUGCUAUAGAGCGAAUGAAUUACUCCCGGAAACAUUUUUUACCCAGCAUGCCAACAUCAUAAUAUUUACGAGGACAGUUUCAUUUCUGAUGGAAGAAUGUGCAUAAUUCUUCAAGGUGGUGCGAUUCGCGCUUGAAAAUUACUAUUCUAGAUUCUUACAAUGUUAUCUAUCGGAUAAACGUGCAGUUAUUCAAUAAACUAUUCAGAUAUUAAGAACAGGAUCAUCCAAAUCCACGGACAAAUAGCCAUGUAUACGUAAUUUUACUGUGUGGCCCAGUGAUUUUUAGGUGAAUAUCAAGGUGGUGAGAA